AUGGACCCGCUCGUGGUCGCUGCGCUGGACCGUCGUGCCAGCGAUGGCGUGCCCUUUCGCGCCCGCGCCCAUCACACCCACCACACCUGGGCGCAUACCUUUUCCUCCCGCCCCGAGCUCUACAUUCAACCGCGCACACUCGCCGAGAUUGAAAAAGUCGUCGACCUCGCCCGAACAUGCCGCAAACGACUGACCGUCACGGGCUGCGGCCACUCGCCCUCUAACAUGACCUGCACGUCGAGCUGGCUCGUCAACCUGGACCACUUUAACACGGUACAUGCAGUGGAUCAGGAGACGGGCAUCGUGGUCGUCGACAGCGGCAUACGGCUGUACACGCUAUGCGACGAGCUUGAUCGCCAUAGACUCGCCAUGCCCAACCUUGGCAGCAUCAACGAGCAGUCCAUUGCCGGCGCCAUCUCGACCGGCACCCACGGCAGCAGUGCUCGCCACGGCCUCAUGUCCGAGGACAUUGUCGCCCUCAAGAUCACCCUCGCCUCGGGCGAGACGCUCUCCUGCUCGGCCACCGAACGACCUGACCUGUUCCGCGCGGCGACCCUCUCGCUCGGUGCAUUGGGUAUUAUCACGCAGGUGACCAUACGCGCGACGCCCGCCUUCAAGCUCCAGUGGACGCAGACCAUUGAUACGGACUACAAGAUCUUCGAGGCCUGGCACGACGAGCUCUGGAAACAGAGUGAGUUUGUGCGCGUCUGGUGGAUGCCCUACUCCAGGAGAGCUGUCGUAUGGCAGGCGGACAAGACGGACAGGCCCGAGUCACCGCCCAGGUACAACUGGUUCGACGGGUCCAUUGGCUACCACAUCUUCCACAACCUCCUCGCGCUCAGCCAUUACAUCCCGUCCAUCCUCCCGACCGUCGAGCGCUUUGUCAUGGGCAUGCAGCACGGGUUCCGGAACGGCAGCAGCUUCUCGGCUGUGCAGACGUCGGGCCAAGCGCUGCUGAUGAACUGCCUGUACUCGCAGUACGUCAACGAGUGGGCGCUGCCUCUUCAUCGCGGACCAGAGGCCCUCCGUAGAUUGUCGAGCUGGUUGAACCACCUGACACCGGAGGAUCCGGACUACGUCCCCCACAACAUCCCCAUCUCGGCCGAUGGCCUCUACGUGCAUGCGCCGCUCGAGGUCCGCGUCAGUGAUACGAGUAUUACCACCUCUCCCAGGCCGUACCUCGACCCUACCGUGCAUGAUGGACCCACGCUGUAUCUCAACGCAACGCUCUACCGGCCGUACCAUCUGGAUCCUCUGUGUCGGGAACGUUUUUACGCUGGGUUCGAGCAUCUGAUGCACGAGAUGGGCGGACGGCCUCACUGGGCCAAAAAUUUCACCACGACGCGAGUUGAGAACGAGAUUAUGUUUGGCAAAGGAUUGGAGGAAUGGAGACGGGUGCGACGAGAGUGUGAUCCGGAGGGCAUGUUUGUCGGCCCGUGGCAUAGGGAGCGCGUGCUGGAGGACGGACCCAGACUGGCCUUUGAAGAGGUUGAGGUGAGGAGACAAAAGGGCAAGGACGGCAGUGUCCUGAUGCACGGUGAAGUCUGA